CGGAUGGUGAGUUUUGGGCUCUAAAAGAUGCGGUUUCGUUGUAGAUCUCCAUUAUGAUAUAUUUGCCGUUGGCGUGACUGUGCCACACGGCUAAUUAACUCGCCAACGUCUACAAGCACUCGAUUCAAAAGUUCCUAUAAUAUAUAAGCCUAAAGAUAAAACAUAACAUAGUACAAACUAUCGCCCCUGACUUGAAGUAAUUCAUAAUUGAACUAGCUAAUAACGCAACAUACUCCAAGUCUAAACAAACGCAUAUGUGCAAACACAAAAACAUCAAGCAGAAAUCGACGAAAAUCGAAUGCCCUCAUAUGAGGAACCAGCAUUCUAAUGGCUUAUGGAUUCAACUUUUCAUAAGGACUUCAGGUCCAAUAAUGGUAAUGACGACGGCUCUCUAAUGUCCAGUUCUGAUGUGGAAACUUUUGACGGGAAAAUAGUUUACAAUCUUGAUGGCAGCGCAUACAUCAUCGCCACAGAUAAUGCCAAUGUAUGUCGAUCAGGGUCUGGCCAAAUUUGUUAUGCUUCAACAUCGGAUUCACUAAAGAACCUGUCAAAGGGUAAAGAUCGUGGGCAGGGAGAGAUAGAAAUAGAACAUCCGCAUUUAGAGCAAAGUGAAAACAAAAGGCAGGAGGAAGAUGAAUCCUCAGUAGGCGCUUCCUACAAAUCGAGUCCGAAAAUCCAUUCCUUUCGUGUGGUGUCCGCGCAAGAUGCUAACUCAACUUGCCAAGAACAAAUCAGAGCAUUCAAAAUCCAGAAACCAAUUUUAAUGUGUUUUAUAUGCAAGUUGUCAUUUGGCAACGUUAAGUCCUUUAGCUUGCAUGCAAACACUGAACACCGACUCAAUUUGGAAGAGCUGGACCAGCAGCUACUUAAUCGCGAGUACUCCAGUGCCAUUAUUCAGAGAAAUAUGGAUGAAAAGCCGCAGAUAUCAUUUCUACAGCCCUUGGGUAAAGACGCCUCUACUGACAGCAAUGAUACCGAGAAGCUCCAAACGGCAACUGAGGGCAGUGACACAACUCUGCCUUUGUCUCCGCAGCCAGUUAUCAGCAAUGACUCCGAACUCGAGCCCGAAAAUAAGCAAGAGACUGAGCAGAAUCCGCCCCUUAACGAGGACCGGGAGCAAGAGUCUGAAACGGAUCAGUACACUAGAAGUAAUAAAAUGGCGGCACCUAGUGCAUAUCUCCCAUUAUCAUCGCCUAAAGUAGCGGGAAAAUUAACUGUGAAAUUUGGUUCCUUAAACUCAGCAACAGCAAAGACUAAUAACCUAUCAAAAGUUUCCUCAACCAGUUCACCUACAUCGACAUACGCAUCCGGGGAGGUCUUAUCACCCAGUACUGAUAAUAUAAGUAACCAUAAGUCAACACAUUGCAACCAAGAAACAGAGCCACCCUCGUCGUCUUCGUCAGAGGUGGAAAUGAAGAUUGGCUCCAUGUCCACAUCACCUCAAACAAAUGAUUCGGAUGUUCCCUGCUCAGGUUUUUUGCAACUGCAGCACAUGACAACAGGUGGUGUAUACACUCCUCAAGUCAGUUCCUUCCAUGCAUCUUUAGCAGCGCUGGCCGCCAACGAAUCGAAUGAGAACCGGGUGAAGGUGAUCACAGAGUUCCUUCAACAGCAGCUGCAGCAACAUCAGCACCAGAGUUCCUUAUUUCCAAGCCCAUGUCCCGAUCAUCCCGACCUCAAAAGUAUGGACUGUAAAACCUGCGAGCUUUUCGACAUCCAGCAGCGGUCAAAGUCCCCGUCUUCUUCACAUCACCAGUUUUCCCAAUCUCUGCCCCAACUGCAGAUUCAGUCUCAGCCACAGCAAACCCCACAUCGUUCACCUUGCAGCAACAGUGUUACCCUGGCCAUAUCACCCAGCACCUCAUCGGUGGCCAGCGCUGGAAAUGCGUCGAGCGCCACAUCCAGCUUUACAAUCGGCGCCUGUUCCGAGCACAUCAAUGGUCGUCCCCAAGGAGUAGACUGUGCGCGCUGUGAAAUGCUUCUAAACUCAGCUCGAUUAAACAGCGGCGUGCAAAUGUCUACUCGCAACUCCUGCAAGACUCUUAAAUGUCCCCAGUGCAAUUGGCACUAUAAAUACCAGGAAACAUUGGAGAUCCACAUGAGGGAAAAACAUCCUGAUGGGGAGAGUGCCUGUGGUUAUUGCCUUGCAGGACAACAGCAUCCUCGGCUGGCACGGGGAGAAUCCUACUCUUGCGGUUAUAAGCCGUAUCGCUGUGAAAUCUGUAACUACUCCACGACCACCAAGGGUAAUCUUUCCAUUCAUAUGCAAUCGGACAAACAUCUGAACAACAUGCAGGAACUAAACAGCUCUCAAAAUAUGGUUGCAGCUGCGGCUGCUGCAGCGGCGACUGGCAAACUGCUGCUCUCGCCCCAAGUAACUGCUGCAGGUCCAUCCAACAGCGGUUCUGGCGCAAGCAGCGGCUCAUCCAACAUUGUCGGCGGCAAUGCAUCCCUGAGCGGAAACGCAACGCCGGCCGCCACUGGAGCAAAUAGUUCCAAUGCUACUGCCGGAAUCAGUACAAACAGCGGCGGCACAAAGCCAAAGCCCUCAUUUCGAUGCGACAUCUGUAGCUAUGAAACUUCCGUGGCCCGCAACCUGCGCAUUCACAUGACCAGCGAGAAGCACACCCACAACAUGGCAGUGCUGCAGAAUAACAUCAAGCACAUCCAGGCAUUUAAUUUCUUACAGCAACAACAACAAAGCGUCACUGGGAAUAUUGCUGGUCAUAGCUCCGGAAGUUUUAUGCCCGAGGUUGCGUUGGCGGAUCUAGCGUACAACCAAGCCCUUAUGAUUCAGCUCCUUCACCAACAGCAACAACAACAACAUCAGCAGACAGCUAAUACCAAACUAUCACCCUCAUCUUCACCCGUGAGCACUACGGAUCAGUUUUCCUUUUCUCCCAAGCCAAUGAAGCUCAGUCAUGGAACAGGAGCUUGCUUGGGGUUAGGAAUGGCAAUGGGAAUGAGCCACUUGAACGAAGUGCCCGGCGAUUUAUCAGGGGAUCCUCAUCCCCUGACAAAAACAGAUAAGUGGCCCACGGCCUUCUACAGCUGCCUAAUCUGCGAUUGCUUCAGUACGAACAACCUAGACGAUAUGAACCAGCAUUUGCUGGUAGAUCGAUCCCGGCAAUCCUCCAGUGCAUCCUCCGAAAUAAUGGUUAUUCACAAUAACAACUAUAUAUGCCGGCUGUGCAACUACAAGACGAAUCUCAAGGCAAAUUUUCAACUACACAGCAAGACGGACAAGCACUUACAGAAGCUUAACUUUAUAAACCACAUCAGAGAGGGCGGUCCCCGAAAUGAGUAUAAAAUGCAGUAUCAACAACAGCUUGCCGCAAAUGUAGUACAACUUAAGUGCAACUGCUGCGACUUCCACACCAAUUCUAUUCAGAAGCUGGGCCUGCACACACAACAGAUGCGUCACGACACAAUGCGAAUGAUAUUCCAGCAUUUACUGUACAUUGUUCAGCAAAGUGAAAUGCACAAUAAGUCCUCGGGCUCGGCGGAAGAUGAUCCUCAAUGCUCCUGUCCGGAUGAAGAUCAGCAAUUGCAGUCGUCUAAGAAACUGCUCCUCUGUCAGUUGUGCAACGUUACCGCCACGAAUCUACAUGAAAUGGUCCAGCAUGUGAAGGGAAUGAGACACAUGCAAGUCGAGCAAUUUAUUUGCUUGCAGCGUCGCAGUGAAAACCAAGAAAUACCCGCACUAAACGAAGUUUUUAAAGUGACGGAAUGGGUCAUGGACAAUGAAGAUGUUUCUUUUGCAUCUGGCCUUAAUUUGGCUAGAGCCACAACCAAUGACGCCACGUCGGAUACCAGCUAUGCUGAGGCAUCAUCUGCUGCUGGAGUCCCUGCCAUUCCGGAUGUCAGUAUGUUUUCACCAACAUCUCCCUCAAGUUGCGCAACAUCUUGCGACAAGAAUUUGAGUCAAAUUGUUUCUCCAAGCGUAAAUAACCUUGGUGCCGGCGUCCCAACAACAGUAUUCAAAUGUAAUCUCUGCGAAUACUUCGUUCAAUCUAAAAGCGACAUUGCGUCUCAUAUUGAAACUGAACACUCAUGUGCUGAAAGUGAUGAAUUUAUAAGUAUACCAACAAACACGGCUGCUCUGCAGGCUUUUCAAACAGCUGUGGCAGCAGCUGCUCUAGCUGCAGUGCAUCAAAGAUGCGCUGCUAUAAAUCCACCGACCGUAGAGGAAGAUAAGGACUUAGAUACGAAUGUCAGUGACGGUCCUGUUGCCGUUAAGCAAGAGCCCGUCGAACAGGAGGUUAAUCGUAUGACAUCAAUGGAGGAAACUAAAGACUUAGUUUCUCAAGUGACGGAAUCUGCAGCUCAAGAGUCGCCUAAAGUUUCAGAAUCUCAGGUUGGGGUACAGUGUCCACUGUGCCUCGAAAACCAUUUCCGGGAAAAACAGUAUUUGGAGGCCCAUUUAACAAGCGUUCAUAGCGUUACCAGAGAUGGCCUUUCUCGGCUCUUACUUCUGGUGGAUCAGAAAGCUUGGAAAAAAGAAAAUGAGAACACAGAUAUAGCAUGCCCCUCAUCUAAAGCUCCAUUUGCAAAAACAAAUACGCUAGAGAGAGCACCAACAUCUAUUGAAAACACCUGCAAUGUUAGUCCAACCAAAUCGAUCUCAGCUAACCUAAGCCUCUCAGUGGGUUUGCAAGGGCUCUCCUGCCAUCAGUGUGAGGCAAGCUUCAAGCACGAGGAACAGCUACUUCAGCAUGCGCAACAGAAUCAGCAUUUUCCUUUGCAAAACGGGGAGUAUUUGUGUCUGGCAACCAGCCACAUCAGCCGUCCUUGCUUCAUGAGCUUCAGGACCAUUCCAGCUAUGGUCAGCCACUUUCAAGACUCACACAUGAGCCUGGUUAUCUCGGAACGCCAUGUCUACAAGUACCGUUGCAAACAGUGCUCCUUGGCAUUUAAAACCCAAGAAAAACUUACAACGCAUAUGCUCUACCACACGAUGCGGGAUGCUACAAAGUGCUCUCUUUGCCAACGCAACUUUCGCAGUACACAGGCGCUUCAGAAGCACAUGGAGCAAGCACACGCUGAGGAGGUAACCCCAUCAACUAGGACAAACAGUCCGCAGACGCCGGUAUUAAAUACUGAGGAGACCCACAAGCAUUUUCCAUCGGAGUCCCAUGCAGUAGAAAGAGAAGUUUCAGUGAGUGAUGUCUCACCGCUUCAAUUGGAGUCGCAGCUAAACAAAGAAACUAGACAAUUGUCACCUACUCCAAUAUCUCUCGAUUCCCAAUCUCAUCAACAAUACCUCGCUACAUUCGCCGCUUUACUCAAGCAACAACAGUGUAACUCAGAUACCGGAGCCCUUCAUCCCGAAGUUCUGUCGAUUUCCGCUGGAGAGGUUUCCCAUCACUUGCAGGGUCUACAAAAUCUUCAGCAUAUGCAACAGCAAUUUGGAGCCGUAGCUGCCGCAUCAGGACUUUCAAUUAACCCAGUUGACAUGCUUAAUAUAAUGCAGUUUCACCACUUGAUGUCCCUUAACUUCAUGAACUUAGCACCCCCCCUAGUAUUCGGAGCCAAUGCCGCCGGUAAUGCAGUAUCUCCAUCAUCAGCGCAAAAUAACAGCAUUAAAACCUCAACCGCAUCAUCUGCUUUAGUACUAGGUGAUACUCAGAUACUGACCAGUGGUGUCAGUUCUUUACCAGUAGACUCGGUUAAAGCUAUCACAGUCCCAGCUCAAACUCAACUCACUGUGAACGCUAACUCUCAGCUGGCCAGCAAUCAAAAACGAGCUCGAACGCGUAUAACUGAUGAUCAGCUAAAAAUAUUGCGGGCCCAUUUCGAUAUAAAUAAUUCGCCAAGCGAAGAGAGCAUUAUGGAGAUGUCUCAGAAAGCAAAUUUACCAAUGAAGGUGGUUAAACACUGGUUUCGAAACACACUAUUUAAGGAAAGACAACGCAAUAAGGACUCUCCUUACAAUUUUAAUAAUCCACCAUCGACAACUCUGAAUAUAGAAGAGUACGAACGUACAGGUCAAGCUAAAGUUACACCUUUAAAUGAUACUAGUAGGGUCGCAGUAACAGCUCCAAUUACUGCAUCAACAAUUUUAUUAGCACCAUCUGGUAAUACCAAUUUAAUCUCUAAGGAAAGCCCAACUACAAAAGUACUUGCGGCGGGAAAAGUUAUCGCAACAGGACCUGCUACAUUAUCUGCGACCGUUGCAGUUUCAAUGCCCGUAUCCCGUCCAGAAUCGACAACCUCUAGCGGCAACAUAUCCGACUAUUUGGGCAACAAUAUAUUUUUCGGACAGCCCGGGGGCAAGGACCCGGUCUUGCCAUGUUCUGCUGACGGGCAAAUAAAAUCAGAGCCGCAGGAUGAUAUGAUCGGUGCAAAUGAUUCUGCAUACCAAACAAAGCAGCACCAACAGGAACUUACGGAUCCCCCAGAACAGUGCUUGACAAAUCAAAUCGCGGAUACAGUCCAGGACCAAUCUUUGCUAGCGGGCUCUGCUCUUGCAUCCCAUUGUCAAAAUCAACAGCAAAUAAAUAUAUUUGAAACUAAAUCAGAAAGUGGGAGCUCCGAUGUAAUGUCACGCCCCCCUUCUCCGAGUAGUGGAGCUGCCGGAAAUAUUUAUGGCAGCAUGAAUGAUUUAAUUAACCAGCAAUUGGAGAACAUGGGUAGUAACAUGGGACCACCAAAAAAUUUGCAGAUUGUUGGCAAAACCUUUGAAAAGAACGCAGCUCCAAUGGCGACCUCAGGCAGUAUUAGUACUCAGUUUGAAAGCAACUCUUCAAACUCAUCGAGCUCCUCAUCAUCGACAUCAGGUGGCAAGCGAGCUAAUCGAACACGUUUUACAGACUACCAAAUAAAGGUUUUGCAGGAGUUCUUUGAGAACAACUCAUAUCCAAAGGACAGCGAUCUCGAAUAUUUAAGUAAGCUCUUGUUACUGUCUCCACGUGUUAUAGUGGUUUGGUUUCAAAACGCCAGACAAAAACAACGUAAGAUUUAUGAAAACCAGCCGAACAAUACCCUGUUUGAAAAUGAGGAGACGAAGAAACAGAACAUUAACUAUGCGUGCAAAAAGUGUAACUUGGUAUUUCAAAGGUACUACGAGCUAAUACGUCAUCAGAAAAAUCACUGCUUCAAAGAGGAAAAUAAUAAAAAGUCUGCCAAGGCACAAAUAGCUGCUGCUCAAAUCGCGCAGAAUUUGAGCUCAGAGGAUUCUAAUUCUUCCAUGGAUAUACACCAUGGAGGCAUAGGUCCACCAGGCACCGCUGUUGUUUCGCAAACUCUGUCAACGACGGGCUCGGCAGCUUCUUUGCCGGGACAGUACGCACAGCAUUCAUUUGGCGCAUUGCCCUCGCCACAGCAUUUGUUUGCAAAGUCUUCUUCCCUUACUGAUUUCAGCCCUUCCACGACCCCCACGCCACCACAACGAGAACGCAGCAACAGUUUAGAUCACCCUCAACGCACUCCCAAGUUUGAUUGCGACAAAUGUGAUCUUAAGUUUAAUCACUUGGAAAAAUUGCGAGAGCAUCAACUAUUACACCUGAUGAAUCAAGGAAACAUUUUUUCAGAUGCUGGUCAGAACACAAACUCUGAAGCCCAUUUCGGACCGUUCGGCAGCAUUUUGCAAAGUCUACAACAAGCGGCGGCUCAACAGCAGCAGCCACACCAUCAACCACCGCCAACAAAGAAACGAAAAUACUCGGACUGCUCUUCCAAUGCAGAUGAAAUGCAGUCUUUGUCGGAGAUUGAGGUUUCACAUAAAAAGCACGAGUUUCUGUACAAAUAUUUUAUGCAGAAUGAAACGAGCUCUGAACUAAAACAGCAGUUCCUCAUGCAACAACAACAUAAGAAAAUAGAACAAGGGAACGAGUCCGAGUUUGAACUUGAUUUCUUAACUAACUUCUAUCAACAGAGCGAAUUAAAGAAAGUCAGUAACUAUGACUUUUUACUAUCGUACUAUCGCACACAUGAAGAGUCAAAAUCCAGCCAACAGCAUAUAUUUAGCUCCAGUAAAAAGCCAACCAUCGAGUUUUUACUCCAGUACUACCAACUUAAUGAGUCGAAAAAGUUUUUUCAGUUAGUUGCCUCGCCCCAAAUAAUCCCUGAUCUCCCAGGCUACAAACCAUUGUCGCGAAUGCCAAAACCCGCGUCGGAUGAAGCCCCUAAUAUUGGAGAAACAUCAUUGGAGCAGGCAACAAAACUACAACGAGAGGAGCAAUUACGCAUAGACAGGCCAAGCGAAGAAAACGACUUAUCUAUGAACAAAAACAAAGUGGAAAAUAUUAAUAACAACAAUAUUAGCAUUAACGAGGGUCAAAACGAUUUAACCGAGACGAAUGGUAGCCCUUCGGGUGAAACAAAAGAAGAGUUUCCACAGGAAUCUUCUUUAAUUGAAACUGAUAAUGAUAACAAGCACUUAUGCACAAGAUCCAAACAAAAAGAUGAAAAGGAAAAGUCGCAGUACUUACAUAAUCUUGAGGACUUUCUGGAUGCCACAAUGAUAGAGAACAACUCUCAGACUUUAACUUUUAAUGAUGAUGAAAAAGCAUGCCAAAAAGAUGAACCAAUUCAGAAUUCCAAUGAAAUGGAGCAACGGUCCUCUGUGUCUCCGGUUAACGUUUCAUCGAAGCAAAAUAAGCGCUUACGAACAACCAUACUUCCGGAGCAAUUGAACUUUUUGUAUGAAUGUUAUCAAUCCGAAUCAAAUCCAAGCCGAAAAAUGCUUGAAGAGAUAUCUAAGAAAGUUAACUUAAAGAAACGCGUAGUUCAAGUCUGGUUUCAAAAUUCACGGGCCAAAGACAAAAAAUCCCGAAAUCAGCGACAUUAUGCACACAUAUCUGACGAUAAUAGCUACGAUGGCUCUAGCGGAAAGGAGGUUGUUAGCGACCUAAGAUCCAACGGCGUUGCCGUGGAAACGGACCACGAAACAAAUCUGCAGGACUGUCAGCUAUGCCAAGUCACUCAAGUCAACAUCCGUAAGCAUGCUUUUAGUGUCGAGCAUAUUUGCAAAAUGAAGAAGCUGCUCGAACAAACCACCGAGCUCUAUGCGCAGAGCAAUGGCAGUGGAAGCGAUGACAACGAUUCUGACAGGGAAAAACGAUUUUAUAACUUAUCAAAGGCAUUUUUGUUACAACAUGUUGUGUCAAACGCGACAAGUCACGCUAUUCAUACACCUAGACAAGAUCCAGAUGCUAUUGCCGAAGGGAACUGUAUGCUUGCCUAUGACACAAAUGGUGGGGAUUCCAAGAGCCAUAUCCAGCAUAAUUUGCCUAAUGAAGCCGUCCCUGAAGAUGCGCGUAAAAUCGCUAGUAAUCAGGAACUUAUGCAGCAGCUAUUUAACCGAAACCAUAUCACCGUUAUAGGUGGAAAGUAAAUCUGAGUGUUUAUAUGGCCUUCUAACCGUGGAUACUGGGUAAAAUGUAGGUAAGUUAAUAUACUCAAAUUUGUAUUGGCCCUUUAAAAAUAUUCUUACUUGCAGACUACAAAAGGAAAAAUAAUUGCAUAAUGGACACGAAAGAUACGUACACUACAAAAAUACGAAAAAAACAAACCAUACUACGCAAACUAAAAAGUUCCUAUUUUGAAAAAAUUUAUAAAAACAUUGACAUUCCAUCAUUCAAAUGGAUAUGAUAUGUAUGGAAUUCUUGCGAAAACCUAUUUCAACAUUAGUAAGAAUCUCUUAAUUAUACGGAAGUGUUCCUAACUAUUCGAAAUAUAAAUUAGUAAUAAAUUUAAGGUAUACACAAUUGAGGCAAUCCUUAACAAUUCAAGAUAGAGGGCGUAAUCUUGAUAAGUUAUAAUAACAAGUAGCUGCAAAACAAAAAUAUGAUAUUAUAUAGAUGCAUACAUAAUGAAUUAGAAUUAGUGAAAUGUAAACUGAGUUCCUAGCAUUUAAUUGCUUUAUGCCUUUGUUUUUUAUAUUAGAGUGUAGCCAAUGAAUACUAAGAUCUGCUUCAGUAUGCCGAAUAUAAAAGCUGAAAUAUAUACAUACGUGGUUCCUAUUUUAUUUAGAAAAACUGUACAUGAAUAAACAAAAAGGAUAUAAUUUACGUCAUUAUUAUGCUGAGAAAAUCGUGCCAAUAAUUUAUUCAGCAAUGCAUACUUGUUGCAUUGAAACCAUAUAUUAUACUCAAAUUUUGCAAAUUCUAAUUUUCGUACGAAAAGGAAGAACAGAGAAAUAGGGAAAGGGCCUUUAGUUAAAAUAUUAAUUUGUUCAACCUAUAUAACAGUUGUUAAAUAUUUAUUAUGACCUAUUAAGCAAUUCAUUCACAGUUACAAAAUUAUUAAAUCAAUUUUUAUUUCCAAACAUAUAUUUGCUUAUACCUUAAGUUUAAAGAAAAAACAACAAACGUAAACUUCUAGGAGAGACCGGAGUUACUAUUUCACAAUUUUAUAACGUUUUUAUCUACUCUUCCAAUACAAAACUUAGAAUUUAAAGAAAAAUCUCAGCAUGUAUGAUAAUUUUACUUAAUUGUUUAAUUUUAAAUGUUCCUUGU